GUCCCAUCGAACGCACUUCCAUGGGAUUGACACAUUCUCCGUUCUGCAGCGGAGGCCGUUCGACAGGCGGCAUGCUCGACGCGCCUGGGAACCUCCCGAUACUUUGCGGCUCCUUGAUGUUCUACUUCGUGUGGCUGACUGCAGCGAAUGCGUCAUCCAUUCCUUCCCAGCGAUCGACAACUGUCAUGUGCCCGCUCAUAUCCAUGUUUGAAGACCACGUGGCUGGCGCGCCACAAGCCAAACCGACGCCACCGUGGUGGGCACUGCCUGGGGUUCCUGCGACGGCAUCGUUGGAGAUAGUUCUGGAACCACGAUUGUCCGCCCUCGUUUGUCCGAACAGGUCAAAUCCGGACCAGGUGACCAAGAAGAAGAGGAAAGCAAAACCUGCCGAUAAGCACAUGGCGCUGAAGUUGCUCCUGUUUGGCACGGUCGUGAUCGUCCUCACAACGCUGUUCUAGCUCGGUGUCUUUGCCACUCUCAUAUUUAAAUAGACAAAACGUGUGAGUUAACUGGAACACGGCGCUAGUCCUGGAAAGUAGGGUCCGAAGGCUCGUCGAUGAGGCCUCUCGCCACACUCC